GGGGGUGGGGGGGGGGGGGGGGUGGGGGGGGGGGGUGGGGGGGGGGGGGUGUGGGGGGGGGGGGGGGGGGGGGGGGGAGGGGGGGGGGGGGGGGGGGGUGGGGGGGGGGGGGGGGGCAAGUGCUACAAUUGUGGUAAGAUAGGCCAUACUGCAAAGUAUUGCAAGACCGAGACAAAGGGGGAGACGAAUCUCCUUACUGAAGAUGUUGAAGAAGAGUGA